AUGCAGCGCUUGUAUUGUCUGGUGGAGGCUAAACAACAGAGAGAUCAUGGGCGUGACGGAGUCGUAAGUGACAACAUCACACGGCACACCUCACCAGAAUCGGUGACAUUGCGAUGGAGGCGUGGCAAGUUUGAAAAAGACGACAAAUAUGAUUUGGACGACCUGAAGCGCGAAGGAACUGAAACGGCACCUCUUAUGAAGUCAAGCAUCGGAUGGGAUUUGGAAAGUACCCCUCCCGAGUUAACGCCGCAUAAUGAUGAUGACGGUAGUGUUUAUCUUUCUUUGGAAAUGAUUUUCAAAUGA